CACGCAAGGCCCACCAACGCCCCCUUCUCCCGCGCCAGCCAGCACCAUCAACCCCAAAAUCGCACAUUCGUAGCCAUGUCCGCCCCCGCCAAGCCCGCAUACACGCCCCCGUCCUCAGUCAUCACCCUCACGCCCACCGCGCAGCUCGAGGCGCUCUACACCAUCAUCCGCAACAAGGACACCCCGCGCGGCGAUUUUUUGUUUUACUCGGACCGCAUCAUCCGCCUGCUCGUCGAGGAAGGCCUCAACCACCUCCCUGUCGUGCCGAAGACUGUGGAGACCCCUACGGGCGCGACGUACGAAGGCGUCGGGUUCGAAGGCAAGAUCUGCGGCGUGUCUAUUCUGCGUGCUGGAGAGGCGAUGGAAGCGGGCCUCCGCGAGGUAUGUCGCAGCGUGCGGAUCGGGAAGAUCUUGAUUCAGCGGGAUGAAGAGACGACGCUACCAAAAUUAUUCUACUCCAAGCUCCCGCAAGACAUUUCGUCGCGAUAUGUGCUAUUGCUGGACCCGAUGCUUGCAACGGGAGGCUCGGCUAUGAAGGCUGUAGAGGUCAUCAUGGAGCAUGGUGUUCCUGAGGAGCGGAUCAUCUUCAUCAACUUGAUCGCGUCGCCCGAAGGACUGAAUACGUUCUGCAAGAAGUACCCUGCCUUGCGCGUGAUCACUGGAUGGAUCGAUGACGGGCUUAACGAAAAGGCAUAUAUCAUUCCGGGGCUCGGCGACUUUGGCGAGCGGAGGUACUGCUCGUAGACAAUGUUUCCUCGGGUUGAGAGAGAGGGGAGUCGAGGGGUUCGUUGGCGCGCCGUGAUGGGCACACAUAUCUACACGAUCUUUACGAGAGUCGCCGGCGGCGGCUGUACUCACACUCCAAUUUUACGAUAACGAUGGGGGUAAGAUGAUGUACCUUGUCCGG